UGCGGAAUAUUCAUCACGAGUUGCGAUAGUGCCAACUUGCGCCAUGGUGAUCUCCAUCAACCCGCAGGUAUAGUGGCACUGUGCAAGGCAAGAUGUUCCUUUAUGUGAUGGGGCUUGUGAACAAAAGUUAAUUCAGAAAAGAGCAACAAUGAAACACCAACAGAAGGAACAUUCUAACACAGAAGAAAAUAAGGUGAGUUACUGUAUAGACAAGUAUGAAUCCAGUUUAAAGGAAGGUGUUGUAGAGGAUUAUACCUUUCUCUGAAAAGGAAAGUUAAGACACACGUCGUGCAGGAGAGAGGAAAAUAGAACAUGUGUAUUAGAGGAAAGAAAGGAACAGUGAAGACACAUACUGUAGAUAUAGGAAAGCUGAAAGUUAUGAUACAUUUGAGAAAAGAAAGUAGAAAGUUAAAAUAAUAUUAACAGAGAAAUGAAGAAAACCUAGAAACUGUGUUCUAGAGGAGAGAGAGUAGUAACAGUUGAGACACUACUUACAGUUAUAGUGAAAAACUUAGGACAAACGAAGUGGAGGAAAUUACGCGUGACAAGGCUCCUACGGGAGGUGAGACAGCAUCAAGGGCAGCAACAAUAACAGCAGGAGUAGCAAUAACAACAGCACGAGCAAGAUCAAUAGGCGGAUGGUUAACGCAGGGGCGACUUCAAUAGUGGGCGGAGGAAUACGGCGGGAUCCUUCCAUCAGCAGGCCGCGGGGCAGCAUGUUCAGGAGGGUCCUCACCACCGUCGGCAUCGUCUCAAAAGAAGAGAGGUUAGUGAGUGCGGCAGACACGGGAGAUGUACCUGCCGUGGCCACAUUACUGACUGCCGGGGCGGAAGUCAAUUGGCAAAACAGUCAUGGAGAGAGCGCCCUCAUGUACGCUGCUUGGCGGGGGCACGAGGCUGUGGUGGCGUCCAUACUGCAGCACCCGGCCACCCACGUAAACCUUCAGGACAACGACGGGUGGACGGCACUGUUGUGGGCGGCUCACGGGGGCCACACAGGGGUGGUGAGGCUCUUCAUGGUGCACCCCGACACUGAGCCAGACCUGACUAACAACGCUGGUGAGACGACCCUCAUGAAGGCCUCCGUUCUGGGUCACGAGAGUGUCGUCAGGCAGCUUGUAGGUUCUUAUCGCACCACCGUGGACAAGCACCACCCAGAUGGCUCCACAGCGCUCUUAUGGGCGGCGGCGGGUGGAAGCGCCAGCUGUGUCACAGUCCUGCUGGACGAUAAUGCCAGUCUAGACACAGUAGACAAGGAUGGUAUGGACGCCCUCAUGUGGGCCGUGUCCGUGGGUCAAGUAGAGACGACAGAGGUGUUAGUAAAGCGCGGGAUUAAUCUCUCUAGAAAGGAUAAAAUUGGUCGAUCUCCUUUGUUGAUGGCGGCAGAAACAGGGCACGUGGAGGUGGCCAGCAUUCUCCUCCAGCAUGACGCUACAGACAUUAAUGUUUGUACGAAGGACAAGGUGACGCCUCUGAUGCGUGCAGCUGAACACGGCCACUCAGCCAUAGUUAAUAUGCUCUGUAAAUGUAAUGACGCGGACAUCAACAUCCAGGACGGUCAGGGUCGAACGGCACUCCUAUUUGCUGCGCGUUCUGGCCACGCUGACUGUGCCUACAUCCUCCUUCACCACCCCAGUGUUGACCCCAACCUGUGUGAUCAAGAAGGCUUCACCCCAGCUAUGAUGGCUGCCACCGGCGGACACGAGGAAGUUUUGUCAGCUCUUCUGUCACAUCGUAUGAUCAAAAUCUUUUCUAAGACCAAUAAUGGCCUUACUGCCUUUAUUCUGGCUGCUCGCAGUGGCCAGCGAACGUUGGUGCAGAGACUUUUGGCACACCCUGAAGUGGACAUCAACGAGACAGAUGGGGACGGCAUGACCGCUUUGGCAUGGUCAGCCAGAAACAGCGCCGUGCACGUGAUUGAGCUCCUUCAGCAGUACCAGACACUUCAGCCCAACAUACCUAAUAAUGAGGGACUGACACCCAUGAUGUGGGCUGCUCGCUACAAUCAGCUUUUAGCAGUCAAGACUCUGCUGAGAGACUCUCGAUGUGAGACUGAAAUAGAAGACAAGAACGGGCGCACGGCGCUCACUUGGGCCAAACUGCAGUGCAACAAAGAUAUCGAACAGCUUCUGACGCGGUACAAGCAACUGGCGUCAACAGGACCAGAUGAUGGCGUGGAUGACUCAUCUUCAGACUCGUCCCUUCAUACGCCCUCUGCCAUGACCCAGCGCUAUAACGAUCCUGUCAGCGACAUGCAGGUGGAUAACAUUGGUGACGUCGUUAAGUUGUUGGAGAACGGGCCCUACAUCAGCUGGCGGCAGAAAACAGGCAAGACGUCGUUCGCGUGGUCGGUGGCCAGCGGGCAGACAGAGGUGGUGAAGGUGUUCAUGAUGGUGCCUGGGCUGGACGUGAACGAAAGGGACGAGCAUGGUCACACGCCACUCAUGGCAGCAGCGAGGAACGGUCACGCAGACGUUGUUCGGUUGUUACUGUCGCACGGAAAUGUCAGCAUCAACUGUACGGACUGGCGUGGCCGAACAGCACUCAUGAUAGCCGCGGAAUACGGCCAGCUACGUUCCUUGACUGCCCUCUUGAAUUGUCUAGAGGUUAGUGUUAACCAGAGAGACGAUGACGGUCACACGGCACUCACUAUUGCUGUCAUCGCCGGGAUGUAUGAGAUCGCUAACGCUCUGCUGCGACAUCCUUCUAGCGAUGUCAACAUCACUGCAACAGACAGUUGUAGUGCCUUGCUCUUCGCUGUUCGCGCAGGUCACAACGAGGUGGCUGAACUCUUGAUUAACUACGCUAACACCAAUGUUAAUCUGGAUGACGACAAUGGGGACACGGCUCUUCUCGUCGCGGCCGGCCAUCAAGGCAACUCAUUAGUGGCGCGCAUGCUGCUUCAACACCAGUAUACUGGCGUUAAUCGUCGCAACGCUCAAGGGUCUACUGCCCUCAUAUUGGCCGCUAAGAAUGGCUUCAUCGAUUGUGUUAAACUCCUGAUGGAACAUUCCAUUAUCGACGUGAACCAGCGAGACAAUGAAGGGAGGACUGCCCUCAUAUACGCCUGUAUGAUGGGACGAGAAGACAUUGUUUGUCUUCUGUUCUCUCACCCAGAUGUUGAUCCUAACAUCAGAUGCAAGGAGAAGGGAAUGUCAGCAUUGCUGAUCGCAUCUCGUGAAAACCACGGGGGCGUCGUGGGGCUUUUGUGUGCCAGGAAUAACAUAAACGUCAAUCAAACAGAUGAGUUCCGGGCACCGGCGCUAAUGCACGCAGUGAGACGCGGAUCACGGACUGCUGUGGAGGCUCUCCUCGAUCGUAACGACAUUGAUAUCAACAUCCCAGACGCAGAGGGCAAGACACCCCUCAUUCGGGCUCUGGCAGAUAGUCACUACGACCUGGCGAUGUUGCUGCUGGCGCGACCAGAUAUAGACGUGAACGCACAAACGCUGGAGUCCAAAACUGCCCUCAUGUAUGUUGCUAUAUACCCGGAGGGCCUCCCCGCCCUCAAACUCAUGCUGGCCAACAAGAACACCCAGCUCAACACGACAGACGAGAGGGCGUGUACAGCACUACUCCACGCGUGCAAGAGCGGUAACGUGGAGGCGGCGUUGGCCCUUGUGGAGACUGACGGCGUUGACCUAGAAAUGAAGGAUGACCAGGGAAUGACGGCACUUAUGUGGGCUGCCAUGUUGGGCUUCAGGGUCAUUGUCAUGGCCCUUUUACAGGUACGCACUCUGGAGGUGAAUGCGCUGACUCCAGAUGGAUUAUCAGCGCUAGGACUGGCGUGUGAGGCUGGCCAGGUGGAGGUGGUGCAGCAGCUGGUCUCCCACGCAACAGUGGAUGUCAACGCUGGAGACGCAGCUGGACGAACACCCCUUGUCGCUUCCUUGGAGCGAGCACAACACGAGUGUGUCAGAGUGUUACUACAGCACCCAGCUCACUCACUCUCUCGAGCAGGGGUGCGGCCGCCCUACCUCCCGCCCACCCUCAAGGCCAUGGUCAACCUCUACAGAAAGAACACACAGGUGCGCCAUGCAUUGGUGCUGAGUGCGCCGCCUCCAUCACUGGUGUUGGACGGUGUAGGUCGUGCUGGUGAUGCAUGUGUGACGGGAGGUGGAGAGCUGGCGUCUGUCUUAUUGUCACUGCCUAGACCAUUCCAGGUGGUGCAACAUGUAUUAAGGCGCGCAACACCUCAGUCGCUCACCUCCCACGUCUGUGAGUUCGCCAAAAAGCUACAACCAGAGGAGGAGGGCGCCGUGGUCCUCUAUGUCAGUGGUGAAAUACUGGUGACUCCAGAGGGCCCCGCUCUCAGGCUGCCUACCGCCCACUCCGCGCCCACCAACGUCCUCCUUAACUCUCUGGUGCGCACUCUCACCGACGCGCCCACGCUGGUGUUGUUGGUGGAUGCAGUAGGCGUGAGGGCGGACGAGGCAGCAAACCAGAAUGCCCGCGCAAAUCCCCAUGCCCAUAUCCUGCCCCCCAUCGCUCACCCCAACAUGGCUAUGUUGGGAGGCGUAUCCUCGGAACGCCUGCAGGUGGUGGGGUCUAGGUGCUCCGCUUUCACAGCCGUUAUAGCCCGGGAGAUUGUACACGGCGUCACCCUCCCACAGCUACACCAACGAGUCAACCGUGCCGUCGCCCACACCUCUCGUUCACCUACCACCACCACUGCGCCUCCACACGCUACCUUUAUUUCCAACAUGACGCAGGACUGGCUUUUCUAAGGAUCCGGUGUAAGAUUUCAAGGUCUGGUACGCUAAGUAUCUUCUCAUAAUUAUGGGUGUGAGAAAACAUCUGACAGUCUCCCUUGACGGGUCAUAUCAUGGGUUCAAAGGCGAGAAGAUACCGUUUGCGUUUGUGGAAACUCUCUCUCUCUCUCUCUCUCUGUAAAGAAAACGUUUAAUGUGUGUCAUGCUUUUAGUAAUACUUUCUCUGAAUCCCAAAGAAAAUAAACUAUUAUAUGUACAGAAGAUUUGUUCAGAUUUUUUUAAUGUAAUCAGGCAUGACAGUGAUUAUUACAACCACAAACACACUAUACGCGUCUUGUUGACACAAAUAGGCACAGACAAGUUCUAAAAAACAGUUUCACGUCAUGACCCUUAAACUAAGGGGCAAAGAUAAGUCAAAAUGGAGUGUAUAUUAUAUCAUCUUCACUCAGCCAAAUUAUAAGUAAGCUGUAUUUGGUAUCAUGGAAUAAUUUGUGCCUUAUCCUAACGCCUUAACUGGAGAUUUAUUUUUUUUUUUGCUUGAAAAUAAUAGUAAAAAAUGAAGUUACGCUAUACUGAUCGUAAAUAGUUUGUUUUGUCUUUGUUUUGUUGUGUAUAAAGAACAUUACAUGUGC